GCGUGUAACAAGAAACCGUCGAAGGGUUCGAUUUAAACACAACCCUAUCAGAUCUAAGUAUUAUAUGUGGACAUUUAAAUGGUUAAAAAGACAUCAUUCAUUAUCAACAUUUAUCUCGCAAAUCAUGAACUAAAAGUUUGGUAGACAGCUCAUAUUAUGGAUUCAAAGCCCACUAACUUGAAAAACAAGCGUAUGUAGUUUUGAAAAUCGUUUAUGUAUUUCUGGAGGACCGUUUUUAAUUACAUAUAGUAAGUAUAUUAUGGGGACAGCAAAAAUCGGCAUGUCAGAAUGACCUGUCAUCCUGGGAUAACAUUGGUGCUGGUCACUAUUGCUGGGUGCUAUGCGGGAGAGCAGUGCUCGUAUAAGUACGAGGGUGGGGGCAGUGUGAAACAGCUGUACUGUGAGGUCUCAUGCUGUGGCACCUACUACAAACGCUACUGCUGUGCAGUCACUUCGACGGCCCUCUAUAUCGGCGCUGUGGUCGGGGGAGUGGUAUGUGUCAUCCUCAUCAUCGGCAUAGUGAUCUGUUGUGUGUACAAAGGAAAGACUCCGGUCAGGCGCCAUCGCCAUGUUAACAAUGGUAAUCGUCCCGAUGACUUCCAGUGUGCAAGGAUUUACUUUAAUGACUCCCCUAAGCCCCCACCCUACUCACUCCAUCACCUCCACCCCCCAGAGUACCACGAGGAUCCGCCCCCGCGGUACAUGACACCUAUCCCCGCACCUGACUAUAACACUAUCCCUGGGACGACGGCAGACGACCACAUGUGAUCCACUGACCCUUGUGCUUUCUGAGCUUUUUAUUCCGAUGUCUCUAUGCUAAAGAUCAAAACUCUAUUGUGAAAGUGACAUGUACUUCAGUGCCUCCGAUGUAUGCUGGAAACUUUUAUCUGUGUAUCUUUAAAUGAUGACAUGUACCUAUCAU